GGCAGUUACUUACUCUAUGGCUCGAUUAAGAAAGUUAUUGAGCUGCCAAAUGCUGCGGGUAGAAAGAAACAACAGGCCAGCCUCGCUUACAGCCUAGUGGAGAAGGGAAACCUAGAGGCAGAACGGAGUAAAACGAACUAUUGUGAAGUGCGAGUCUCCAUCCCCUUGGCCUUGGGUACUCACCAUUGCUGUGCACCCGCACCUGCAACUCAGCCUGCGGGCUUGCGGGGGGCGCAGGCGGGCGGCUGACACCCCCUGCAGCUAGUGGCUGGGGGACUGGUGGAUAAAUAACCGGCUUUCUGAACUGCACGUGGGGGAGCACUCCCUGCGCUGGAAGCCUCGCCCCUCAAUGUGGGGCGGUGGACGGCAGCACCUGCAACCCCGGGGCUCGCUGCAGGCACAGAACUUAAGGCCUUGCCCCACACCUGCUGAACCAGAAUCUGCAUUUUAACCGAAUCGCCAGGCGCCCCCUCCGCCCGCCCCAGGCUGAGAAGCGGUGGUCAAAGCCAGGCUCGCAGGCAGGCCGGGAGCUGCGGCAUCACCGGGAACUCCUUAGAAGUGCAAACACAGGCGCCCCACCCCAGCCUUCUCCGUCCACACUCGGGGGUGGGGCCCAGAAAGCUGUGUUUUAACAGGCCCUGCAGGUGAUUCAGGCACAGGGUUGAAGUUGGAGAACCACUGGCCUAGUUGUUUAAAAAUUGUUGUAAAGUUAGCUUUUUUCCCCUUGAAUUAGAGAGAAGAUCCACUUUUUCUGAUGAAUUUCAGGGGGAAAUGCCUGACUUUGUCUUUGUUUCCUUCUUUUUUGAAAGUUAAUGAUCCAACGCCCUUUGACAUUCAAGCUGAGAGAACACUGAAGACAAACUUUUUUGCCACAAGAAACGUCUGCAACGAAUUACUGCCGAUAAUAAAACCUCAUGGCAGAGUGGUGAAUAUCAGUAGCCUCCAGGGUUCCAAAGCUCUUGAAAACUGCAGCCAAGAUCUGCAGGAGGUGUUUCGCUCUGAGACACUCAGAGAGGAGGACCUGGUGGACCUCAUGAAAAAGUUCGUGGAAGAUGCAAAGAAUGAAGUGCAUGAGAAGGAAGGCUGGCCCAACUCGGCCUACGGGGUGUCUAAGUUGGGAGUCACGGUCUUAUCAAGAAUCCUUGCCCGGCGUUUGGAUGAGAAGAGAAAGGCAGACAGGAUUCUGCUAAAUGCGUGCUGCCCUGGGUGGGUGAAGACAGACAUGGCUGGGGAUUAUGGCUCCAGGACUGUGGAGGAGGGGGCUGAGACUCCUGUCUACCUGGCCCUCCUGCCUCCAGAUGCCACCGAGCCUCAUGGCCAGCUGGUCCGUGACAAAGUGGUCCAAAGCUGGUGAAUGCUUUCUUUGGUGCUUAAUGCUUAAUAAAUGUUUGUGGGAUGAGUGAAUGAAUUGGUGUCGUACUCUGAUGUGUUUCUGUCCUUCAGGAGUGUCAUUUAGGAUCUCCCAAUGAGAAGGUGUCUAGUUCUAGAAUUGAGCUGAGUGAUUUUGUCACACCCAAACUUGAGCCUGAGAGGAAGAACCUGGUCCUGUGGCCGUCAAAU